AUGGAUUACAACAUAUUACCCAUCUUGGUAUGUCUCGUCCAGCUCGUCGAGAUGGCCAAGCUUCUGGACACCAGUGUCUCUUGUGAUCAGGUACUAUUUUUUAUAGUUGAUUUACUGUAUAUAAUUAGGUAUAUGUGCUUUAUUUCGUAAUUUAGAUAUUUUAAAUUACCUUGUUUUAUUUCGAAAUAUAUGUUAAACCAUAGUAAAAAUAAUUCGUUUAUAUAAUAUAUCUAUGUUAUACUAUUGGAUUUGUAAAAUAAUGUUUUUAGAAAGACUUUGUGUUAUCGUUGAGCUUUGAUUCCGAAUUUCGUGGAAUCGUGUAUUCAGAAGAUGACUACCCCAACUGUGUCUACGUCAACGGUACCAUGUUACCUCAACGCAACUACCAACUGAAGAUACCAUUGGUCGGUUGUGAGACCAGAACCAACGAAGAUGGCAACUUUGAGAACGCCAUCAUCGUGCAGGAGAAUUCUGGAUUCGUGCAGAGUACUGACAAGAAGUACCUACUGACCUGCAUUCCCAGCACGGUGCCAGUGGGACCACAAAGGUACUAGUUCUGAAGAAAUUACCGUACAUUGAAGUCUCAAAAUUUUGAAAAAAAAUAUUUUAAGUUCAGUUUUAGGUACGAAUUAAAAAUUUGCUUGUGCCAAAAGAUGAAUUUUUGUUUAUUUUGAAAAAUACAGUAAUUAAAUACUUCAGAGAAUCGCUGAUUACGGUAGACUUUGGCGGAGUAACCAUUGAUAACAGUCAUACCACUCCAGAGGUUAUCAGUGCUUCACUACCUCCUGACUCCACGAAGCCACCGUUGAAGUAUACGGUAGAGAUCAGAGCCGGACAUUCAUCUGAUUCUCCUACAUCGUUCACAGCUCUCAACAUCGGAGACCCUAUUGUAAGUUUAUUUUCGUUUUACUGCCAAGAAAACUAUAAUACUAACACCACAGUAUGUUGCGUCUUUACAUCUUCAGCUGAAUUUAAAACUUUUUAAUUACAAAGUUUCGAAAUUCAAAUAGUUUUUGAGAUAUCAAUAUUUAUUUUCAGAGUUACGUAGUGAAGAUUCAGAAGCCAGUAGCCAACACCCAAAUCAGCAGAUGCUGGGCUACGGACGCCAAGUCGAAUCUGGAGCUGAGUGAUGAGAAUGGGUGCACGCUACAGCCUCGAGCGAGCAUCUGGAACUCGUUCGAACGGUCGAGUAACGAUGAAGAGGUCAUCUUCGUCAACAAGAUCAAGGCAUGGGCAUUCCCGACAAGGUAAAGCGAGUUGAUAGUUCAAAGGCUUCUUUUUAACAUAGUUAUGUCAUUGUGGCAAAACAGUAUUCUAAGUAUAAGUUUUCAACGUUUUUUUAACUUUUUUGCAUCUUCAUCAUGUUCUGUUACUUUUAGUGACGAAGUGAACAUCUUCUGCAACCUGAGAGUGUGUAUGAGUCGCUCGUGUGAACUCAACAACUGUACCACGGUAACCAAACGUCACAGACGGCACUUUACCCAUCCGAUUGGUGCCAUUUCUUCUGUAGAACGGAUCCAUACCCAAAUAAGGUUAAGGCGUCAAGCCAUAUCAUCAAUGUCUUCUACUGUAAGUCAUCGUUCACUUACAUUCAGCAAUUGAAUAGCAUAGUACGGUGUCAGAAAUGUAAUUUCAGUGUUCAUUUUGCAUACAGGGUGCUCAAGAUUUUUUUAGAACAACAAAAUUUCUUUAAAUUAUGGUAUAAUUUUGAGUAUAUCACCAUUUUUUUAAAUGUAUCGUAGUACCACAACAGCACUUUCUGUACGUUCACAAUAACCCUUUGUACUUCAGGAUCUGGUAACCAAGUCCAUGGAGGACCAGAGCAAGGUGGUGUGCCUGACGACGUCGCACUUGGCCCUCCUGGCCAGCUGCGUGCUGGUCCUUCUGAUCCUGAUCCUGGUGUUCGUGUUCAUGGUGACGCCGAACAAGUUCUUGCACAAUCUGAAGCUGUAG